CGAGUCGACUCAGAGAGAGAAGUGUUGUGUAUGAAUGAAUGUGUGUUGUGUUGUGUGUAUUUGUGAGUGUGUUGUGUUGUGUGUAUUUGGUCUCAAAAGCCAUAGAACGGUUUUGCUCACUCACUCAUUUUAAUUAUAUAUAAUAAAAUGUCAAUUUUCUCCUUCUCCUUCUAGAUAUAGAGAGAGAGAGAGUGUUGUUCUUUAAGAGAGAGAGAGAGAGAGAGAGAGGGGAAAAAAAAUCGGCCAUUUCUGGGUUCCAAUGGUUGAAUUAGGAAAAGCUCACAAUCAUUCUGAUUUUUAUUUGGUUGAUUAGAUAUAUUGGAUAUGAGUCUUUGGGAGAAGGACCAGUGAUCUUGUGAACCCAGAAAGCGAUCUUCGAUGUGGUGAUUGGAUUGUCGGAUUUGGGGUUAGUGUAAUUAUUUUUGGGAUUUAUUUUUCUCUGUGACAAAAGGAAAAUGAACGGUGGCGAUGAGGUCGUGGCAGCUCCGGCAGGCCCUCCACAGCCGCUGGAUUGGAAAUUCUCUCAGGUGUUUGGAGAGCGUGCAGCUGGUGAAGAAGUGCAGGAAGUUGAUAUUAUUUCUGCUAUUGAAUUUGAUAAAAGUGGUGACUUUCUUGCUACUGGUGACCGUGGGGGCCGCGUUGUUCUCUUCGAGAGGACAGAUACAAAAGAUCAUGGUGACUCCAGAAGGGAUUUGGAGAGGAUGGAUUACCCUGUGACUAGGCAUCCUGAAUUUCGUUAUAAAACAGAGUUUCAGAGCCAUGAACCUGAGUUCGAUUAUCUCAAGAGUUUGGAGAUAGAAGAGAAAAUCAACAAAAUAAGAUGGUGCCAAACAGCCAAUUCAGCUGUGUUUCUCCUAUCUACCAAUGAUAAGACAAUUAAAUUUUGGAAGGUCCAAGAAAAGAAGGUCAAGAAAGUCUCUGACUAUAACCUGGAUCCUUCUAAAGUCGUAGGAAAUGGAAGUAUUGCUAGUUCAAGUAGUUCCAGCAGCCCGAAACCAUAUCUUGCAAAUGGAGGUUGUCCAGAGAGAACGAAUAGUUACCUGAGCAAUGAUUUGUCAAUCCCAUCAGGGGGAAUUCCAUCAUUACGUUUACCUGUGGUAGUAACUAGCCAGGAAACUAGCUUGGUUGCUAGAUGUCGAAGGGUUUAUGCUCAUGCCCAUGAUUAUCAUAUUAAUUCCAUUUCAAACAACAGUGAUGGUGAAACUUUCAUAUCGGCUGAUGACUUGCGAAUCAAUCUUUGGAACUUGGAGAUUAGCAGUCAGAGUUUCAAUAUUGUAGAUGUGAAGCCUGCAAAUAUGGAGGAUUUAACUGAGGUGAUAACAUCAGCUGAGUUCCAUCCUACUCAUUGUAAUACGCUAGCAUAUAGCAGCUCAAAAGGAUCAAUCCGACUUAUAGAUUUACGGCAAUCAGCAUUGUGUGAUUCUCAUGCUAAAUUGUUUGAGGAACAGGAGGCACCUGGUUCUCGAUCCUUUUUCACGGAAAUUAUUGCUUCAAUUUCAGACAUUAAGUUUGGGAAGAAUGGAAGAUACAUACUUAGUCGUGAUUACAUGACUCUUAAGUUAUGGGACAUCAAUAUGGAUGCAGGUCCUGUUGCAACCUUCCAGGUUCAUGAAUAUUUAAGACCUAAGCUAUGUGAUUUGUAUGAAAAUGAUUCAAUCUUUGAUAAAUUUGAGUGCUGUCUGAGUGGAGAUGGAUUACGAGUUGGAACAGGCUCAUACAGCAAUCUCUUCCGUGUAUUUGGUUGUGCCCCAGGAAGUACCGAGGCUACAACUUUGGAAGCUAGCAAAAAUCCCAUGAGGCGACAAGUUCAGACUCCUUCCAGGCCAUCCAGGUCUCUGAGCAGUAGUAUAACACGAGUUGUUAGACGUGGAUCAGAGAGCCCUGGGGUUGAUGCAAAUGGUAAUUCUUUCGAUUUUACAACAAAGUUGCUGCAUUUAGCAUGGCACCCUACAGAGAACUCAAUAGCUUGUGCUGCUGCAAAUAGCUUGUACAUGUACUAUGCAUAAAGACGGUCCAAGAACAAAUAUAUUUUGCUUGGGUAACUUUUUUGGGUUGCUAUUGGAGAAGGCGACUUUCCUCCUUACCCACCACCAACUACCAACCACUGAAUUGGAGGCUGCAUUAGUUCUCAAGAUUUCAAAGUGCCCCUUAAAAUUGGUAGCCGUUGUUUAAUCUCGAGUUCAUGUUCAGGAAUUGGCUGUCACAGAAUCGAGGAUGCAGCGAUCUGAUUUUGUUCCUGGGCGGGCAGUCUGUCAUUUUCGCACCCUCUUCUCAAGUUCCAACCCCCAAAAGUUUCUCUAGUUUUUCUUUUUCUUUUUUCAUUAUUCUCUCCCCUUAGUCAUCUUCUGAAGAAGAAGGUGCCUUUUAUGUCUGAAAAUUCUGUUGGGUUGAAAUCAAGAAGAAAAUGUGAUUGUAGCUCUCCUACAACAAAAUACUAAAAGGAUGUUCCAUAAUUUGCCACUAGGUUUAAGAUAAAGAAUGUAGUUUCAUUUACUCAAAAAGAAGUUCUUGGUGGGAUGGAGCUGUUGAAACCUUGCAGUGCAUCAUUUUUUUUAUUGAUUCUUUAUGAUGGUUGAUAUUU